AUGUGCGUGUUUCUCUUUCAGUCUUCUCUACAUGUGUUUGUCUGUCUGCUGGGGCUUGUUGUGCUCUGUCACUCUCAAUGCUUCUUUGAGGAGUUAGAGGUCAAAGAUCCAAAUAACCCUCCAAAAGGGUGUGUGGAUAAGGAUGGAAAGCUGCAUGAUUUUGACUCUGCAUGGGUGAGAGACUGCAUGGACUGCUCUUGUACAAGCGAGGGUUUGAGCUGCUGUAGCAAGAUCCCCGAUGCAAACACUGUAGAUGUUCCUGAGGAGUGUGAGCUGGUUGUGAAUGAGAAGGCCUGCUCUGUUAAGGUGGUGAUGAAGUCUGACAAUGAAAAAGAGUGCAGCCCUAUCUGA